GCACUUUUUCUUGCAAAUGUUUCUAUAGACCCUGACGUUCCCGAGGCUGAAAUGUCAUCUAAAGUACCUCGCGUGACUCCUGUAGCAAUAAAUAACCUUUCACAACAACCUCAUGUUGAUUUUAUUGGUUCCACUCCGUCGAGUAUUACUCGCGUUUUGACUUAUACUUCUCCACUCGUGCAUUUGUUCUCUUACUUUUUAUCUUUGCACUCAUGGUCAACAAAAAGUCCCUCAGAAUCAUGCUUACUUGUGGCUGCAUGGUGGACUAUUUGCCUUUAUCCCAAGGAGUUAAUAAUUUAUGGUGCUCACAUUGGUUUAAUUUCUUGGAUCUGUUGGAACUGGGUUGAAAGAGGAAAGAGUGAGAGAUUAG